UCUGCUUCACUCAGUUAGCGUGGGUUGGUUGCUUUUCUUUUCUUGGGCUCUGUUUGGCUUGUGCUAUUGGCAACACCCCCAAUGGCCUCCUUUUCCUCCUAUUUCCCUUCUCUUGUCUUUCUCCUGCUUUGCUCCCAACAGUUGCUUCUCUGCGGUGCCUACCCAGCCAAACGCGGCCCCCAUCGUCACCCUCGCUUUGCCUCCCACAACUACAGAGAUGCCCUCACCAAAUCUAUCUUGUUCUUUGAGGGCCAAAGGUCGGGAAAAUUACCUCCUUCACAAAGGGUCAGCUGGAGAAAAGACUCUGGCCUUUCAGAUGGAGCCGCUAUGCACGUGGAUUUAGUGGGAGGGUACUAUGAUGCAGGGGACAACGUGAAGUUCGGGUUCCCAAUGGCGUUCACAACGACAAUGCUUUCAUGGAGUGUGAUUGAGUUUGGUGGGCUUAUGAAAGGUGAACUGGGCCAUGCUAAGGAGGCCAUCCGCUGGGCCACUGACUAUCUUCUCAAGGCCACUGCUCAUCCAGACACCAUUUAUGUUCAGGUGGGAGAUGCUACAAAAGAUCAUGCUUGUUGGGAGAGGCCUGAGGACAUGGAUACUCCAAGGAGUGUUUUCAAGAUUGACAAAAAUACCCCUGGCACUGAGGUAGCUGCUGAAACAGCUGCAGCUCUUGCAGCUGCUUCUUUGGUCUUCAGAAAAUGUGAUCCUACUUACUCCAAGCUCCUUGCCAGGAGGGCCAUUAGGGUGUUCCAGUUUGCUGAUAAGUACAGAGGUCCUUACAGUAGUGGCCUGAAACCAUUUGUUUGCCCAUAUUACUGUGAUUUUUCUGGGUAUCAGGAUGAGCUAUUGUGGGGUGCUGCUUGGUUACACAGAGCAACAAGAAAUCCAACUUAUCUGUCCUACAUUCAAGCCAAUGGACAAACACUUGGAGCUGAUGAAUCUGAUUUCACAUUUGGAUGGGACAAUAAACAUGUUGGAGCCAGAAUCUUGCUUUCCAAGGCAUUUCUUGUCCAAAGUGUUCAGCCUCUCCACGAUUACAAAAGUCACGCAGAUAGCUACAUUUGCUCUCUUAUCCCCGGGACCCCAUUCUCCACUGCUCAGUACACUCGAGGCGGGCUUUUGUUCAAGAUGAACGAUAGCAACAUGCAAUACGUGACUUCAACGUCUUUCUUGCUCGUGACCUAUGCCAAGUACCUCACCACCGCACGCACAACAGUGGACUACUUGCUAGGUGCCAACCCUUUGAAGAUGUCCUUCAUGGUGGGCUACGGCCCACGGUAUCCCCAAAGGAUCCACCACAGGGGAUCCUCCCUCCCUUCAAUAUUGGCCCACCCUUCGAAAAUCCAGUGCUCUCCGGGCUUUGGCUUCUACAAUUCCGAAAGCCCGAAUCCCAAUCUCUUGAUAGGAGCAGUUGUGGGUGGGCCCGACCAGAAUGACCGUUUUCCGGAUCAACGGACGGAUUACGAGCAAUCUGAGCCGGCCACCUAUAUAAACGCGCCACUUGUCGGAGCCUUGGCUUACCUGGCGCACUCGUUCGGCCAGCUCUAGAUGAUCGAGACUCGGUUUUCCCCCCAUUAUUAUUAUUAAUCGAUAUUAUUUUGGAUUUAGUAUUAUUAACUAUUUUAGUAGUCCCUUUUUGGCGCCAAAAAAAAAAAUGUUUAUUUAAGGGUGUUUGGCUCCAAAAUCUUAAUUUAAGUCAAAACUAUGUCGUUUAGUAGUUGUAAUUUGAUUUAACUAUUUAAGUGUGUGUGUUUGGCUGGCGGGGCGAGAAAAACAAGGAGGGGCUUCGAGCCAAUAGCCAUACAGUGCGAGCACAGCUUGGCAUUGUUUUUAUAUUAGGCUUUAGUUUAUUUCAGUAAGUUAAGUUAUAUAUAUAUAUAUAUAUAUGAAGUGUGGGGAUGAACGCGAGUUUCGUGCCAUAAACGGCGCAUUUGGCUCAAUUAGCCUGAAAAUUGCAUUGGCCAUUGAGCUUGUUUCCUUGUGAUGAUUUCUUUUAUCUUCCUUUGGGACUUGUACUGUGUGUCCUUUAGUGCUUCAACUUCAGUUAACGAAUAUUAAUCAUCCAAACCUUUUUUCUCCUUUGUUGCGAAUAUUAAUCAUCUCAAAAUUGUUAAAUGAAAUGAAUUCGUGAGUUUGGUUAGACUCGUUUGAUAAAUGAGUUCAAACUUUUUUAAAGUUUAUGUAGCUAACGAGUUGAGAUGGUUAUAAUUCGAAAUUAAAGAAGUUUUAUGUAAUUAUUUGAAUAUUUUAUCUUAG